GGAAAAGUAGAUGUCAUAGUUGUUUUUAUGCACUGGGGAAUCGAGUAUUUCACAGAUCCAUCAGAUCGCCAAAAGAAAGAAGCCAGUCAUUUACAGUCUCUUGGCGUACAGAUAAUCAUAGGUGCCCAUCCACACGUGCUUGAAGGUCACACCACCAAUGGAACACAAUUGAUCGCCUAUAGCCUUGGAAACGCCCUAUUUGCACCUAAAAACAAGAAUAAGCUAUUUUAUUGCAACCGCGAGCCAUCCGAGGAAACUGUCAAGGAAUUUGAAACGUACAUGGCAAGUCCUGAAGGUCUAGCUGACCCAACGACACACUCGCGAAUCAUGCGCGUUCAAAUCGAUAAGAAAGGCCUUGUGGGUGCCUCUUACCUACCAUUGAGAAUCAAUUUUGAUCCCACCAGCAAAUGCCUUCAGCCAACACCUACUGGACCUGCUACGAAUUGGAUAAGAGUUUGUAGCGCAGAUGACUCUGCUUGUUUAAACUAAUAAGUAUAUCAGAAAAUCAAGAGUAAAAUUAUUUAAACAUUAUCUUAAACGAAUAAACUUGAAAAAGAAGAAAAAGUGUCUGAGAAUCGACUUGCCAUUGUGUUACCGCUCCCGUUUUUCCCUUUUUUAAUAUA